CCCACCUCCAGGUCUUUGCGUUCAAGGAGGACCCUGGAAGCAGACAUCUCCUCCUGCCCACUCUUCAGCUGUAGUUGCAUCUCCUGCAUCUGGGCCUCCCAGUCGCUCUUCUGGUGGUCAAUCAUGAUGUCGAUCUGCCUCAUCAGCUCCUGGAGCUCUGGCUCGCAGUCCGACAACACCGAGCUGUUUUGGACGGAAAGAAAAACUGUUAUCCACAGUGGAGGGGGAGUUGCAAUAUGUCCCUCCCCUCGCAAUACAGGCACAACCUCUAAUGAAGACACCGGAGCAGCUCCAUUCAUUCACUGGAGCUAGACCUGCUUAAUUUUUGUUCUUGUGAAGUCUGCUAGGUGGGAGUGUUUUUCUGGCCGCCGCCAUGGUUCUGUGCACUGAGGGCGACUGCAGCGUUUGCCUGCUGGCCUUCUCGCGGGCGGAGCGGAUCCCGCGGAUGCUCCACUGCAGACACACUUUCUGCCAGCCCUGCCUGGAGACCCUCCAGACGCGUGCCAGGAGCGGCCUGCUCACUGUAGGAUGCCCCCUGUGUCGCCGCGUCACCUGCAUCCGGCCGGGCCUCAGCCUGCAGGAGGCGCUGUGGGUCAACAGCGGCCUAUGGGAGCAGAUACCUGAGGAGGAGGAGGACGCACUGAAAGAUGAAGCCAAAAACCACACGAUGGAAGACUCGUUCCAAGGAAAAUGCCAAGCAGAAUGCAACCACAUGGAUUCGGACCACAGCAUUUCCCGCUGGAAGCGUCUAAAGCUUAGCAUCUUCUUCUGGAGGAAGCUGAAGCUGACCAGGCGCUCUCCAGAGCAGAUGGCAGACAGCAGCAACGUGGAAAUGAAGUCCUGGCGCAGACUUCCCAGUGAAGAUGAUGAAAAACGAUCCGGUUUGGAAGGUGGACGCUGUUAGGACAGAGAAGAAGACAAGUCCCCCCUUACCCCCGUGUGCCGCUUUUUUUAUUUAUUCUAGGCUUAGUUCUCCCAGCUGCUGCUGUGGAUUUGCUUCAGAGAGCAGAUGGUCUCCUGGGACGUUCACUCCUCAACACUAAAAAAUACUUUAUAUUUAUGACAACUGCAGUAGUGUGUACUUGAGUUGUGUACGUUAGAGGACAACAAUGCCGGUGGGCUUCUUCAUCACACCACGCCAAUGUUACUUUUGAGGUGACAAAAGAGUCGCUGGAGCGUGAAAGAGGAUUGUGGGGAGCAUUCAUGGAGCAUCUGGCAAAGAUUCCAUGUUGGAGGACAUGUGACCAUAAUGGAGCGUCAUCAUCGGGGUUAAAAUAAUUUUGGGUGCGGCGUAGGAAAAUCAAUACAUGAAAUGAAGGUUUCACUUUCAUGUAUUCUAUGAAACUGUUUUCCAACCGGGAUGGACCAAGAUGAUCCAGUAGGGGGGCCAGCUGGAUCAAGGGGAGGAGCAAGAGCAGCAGUUAACUGAAUUCAGCGCAUCAUAAAUAAAAAAUUACCUGAUAUUUUUUCUGGCUUUGUAUAGUCACAUGUGCAUGCAUGCUUGUUUUCCUCCUCUCUUUCUACCAAACAGGCUGGAUGACAAGAGAUUUCACUCUACGGAUCUCACCAGCUGGGCGUGUUGGUUCUACAGCAGAAGCAACAGUGUCACACUGAGGAGAGACACACUAGAGAGUGCUAGUAAUGUGUGUCCAUGUUAUAUUUUCCCCAUGCCAAUUGUGUUAUAGAACACCAUUUAAUGUCAAUUUCAGACCAUUAGCGCAUCAUCAUCUUGUGACAAAGUGAAAUAAAUAACUUAAAAGGGGAUCUAUUAUGCCUUUU